CCGGGGUAAAAAGGAGCGCGAUGGGACGGCCCGCGCGCAGGCGUGAAACGUCGAAACGCUGGCCGCUUAGCCCGGGGCUGGGACGUGUGCGCAGGCGCCAGGUCGGCAGCUCCCCCCUAGCGGGAGGGAGGGGGGCGGCGGUGAGAGAGAGCGAGGGGCCGAGAGGGCGCAAGCUAUCCCCCAGCGCUAGGCGCCCCUGGACCCCUGCCCCGCCUCCGCAGACCCCGCGGCCGCCCGAGCGCCGCCCCCGCUCCACCCCCGGCGCGCGCCGGGCCGCGCCCUUCGCCCUCUAGCCUUCCCGGGCGAGCGCCGCGGGGCCGCCUGAGGGGCGGUGCCUUCUGCGGCCGCCCGGGCGGGGGGAUGUGAGGGGCGGCACGCGGCCAUGGAGAAGGGCCCGGCACCCCUGGUGGCCCCGCCGCGCCGUCAUGGCGCCCCCGCGGUCCCCUCGCCGCCUCCCCGGGGCUCUCGGGCCGGGUCCGUCGUGGUAGUGGCUCCGGGGCCGCCAGUGACCACGGCCACCUCGGCCCCGGUCACCCUAGUGGCCCCCGGGGAAGCGCGGCCCGCCUGGGUCCCGGGGUCGACCCAGACCCGCGACCCGGUUCCGGCCCCGGCUCCGGCUCCAGACCCGGUGGCCCCGGGCAACACAGUGGUGGUGCUGACUCUGGAGGCCUCGCCGGGAGCCCCGACGGCGCCUGUUCCCCCCGGCCCGGAGUACCCCGUGCCCGCAGCAAUGGCAGGAGAUGGAACUGCGGUGGCUCUGGCUCCGGGAGCAGACACCCCGAAGGCGGAGGCUCGAACCUCUCCGGCCCCUGCACCAGGUACCCCCACGGCAACCCCCACCAGGACCCCUUCCAGAACGGCUCCCGGGGCCUUGACCGCCAAACCCCCGCUUGCCCCCAAGCCGGGAACCACAGCGGCCUCAGGGGCGACCACACGUGCUGCAGCAGCCACAGCAGGACAGGUGACAAGUGGACAUGGAGAUGCAGCAGCAUCAGCAGCCACAACAGGACAGGCUCCUGAGGACCCCUCAGGACCUGGUACAGGUCCUCCAGAGACAUGUGAGACUAUGGUGGCAGUGGUAACAGUGACCCCAGCUCCGGAGCCUCCUGACAACUUUCAGGACCUGGGCUCCACGUCCAGCCUGGGACCUGGCAUCCCUGGGCCUCGAGGGCAGGCCCCGGACACCCUCAGCUAUCUAGACUCUGUGAGCCUCAUGUCUGGGACCUUGGAGUCCCUGGCGGAUGACGUGAGCUCCAUGGGUUCAGAUUCGGAGAUCAAUGGGCUGGCCCUGCGCAAGACCGACAAGUAUGGCUUCCUCGGGGGCAGCCAGUACUCAGGCAGCCUAGAGAGCUCCAUUCCUGUGGAUGUGGCUCGGCAGCGGGAGCUGAAGUGGCUGGAGAUGUUCAGUAACUGGGAUAAGUGGCUGUCACGGCGUUUCCAGAAGGUGAAGCUGCGCUGCCGGAAGGGGAUCCCCUCCUCCCUCAGGGCCAAGGCCUGGCAGUACCUGUCCAAUAGCAAGGAACUCCUGGAGCAGAACCCGGGCAAGUUUGAGGAGCUGGAACGGGCUCCUGGGGACCCCAAGUGGCUGGAUGUGAUUGAGAAGGAUCUGCACCGCCAAUUCCCUUUCCAUGAGAUGUUUGCCGCUCGAGGAGGGCAUGGGCAGCAGGACCUGUACCGCAUCCUCAAGGCCUACACCAUCUACCGGCCGGACGAGGGCUACUGCCAGGCCCAGGCCCCGGUGGCCGCAGUGCUCCUCAUGCACAUGCCCGCUGAGCAAGCCUUUUGGUGCCUGGUACAGAUCUGCGACAAGUACCUCCCUGGCUAUUACAGUGCAGGGCUGGAGGCCAUUCAGCUGGAUGGAGAGAUCUUUUUUGCAUUGUUGCGCCGGGCCUCCCCACUGGCUCACCGGCACCUGCGGCGACAGCGCAUUGACCCCGUGCUCUACAUGACCGAGUGGUUCAUGUGCAUCUUCGCUCGCACCCUGCCCUGGGCUUCAGUGCUGCGCGUCUGGGACAUGUUCUUCUGUGAAGGUGUCAAGAUCAUCUUCCGAGUGGCCCUGGUGCUGCUGCGGCACACGCUGGGCUCAGUGGAGAAGCUGCGUUCCUGCCAAGGCAUGUAUGAGACCAUGGAGCAGCUACGCAACCUGCCCCAGCAGUGCAUGCAGGAGGACUUCCUGGUGCAUGAGGUGACCAACCUCCCAGUGACAGAGACACUGAUUGAGCGGGAGAAUACAGCCCAGCUCAAGAAGUGGCGGGAAACCCGGGGGGAGCUGCAGUAUCGGCCCUCACGGCGGUUACAUGGCUCCCGGGCCAUCCACGAGGAGCGCCGGCGGCAGCAGCCACCCCUGGGCCCCUCGUCCAGCCUCCUCAGCCUCCCUGGCCUCAAGAGUCGAGGCUCUCGGGCCAGUGGGGCUCCCUCCCCGCCCCCUCCUGUCCGCAGGGCCAGUGCUGGGCCUGCUCCAGGGCCUGUGGUCACCUCUGAGGGACUGCGUCCAUCCCUUCCCUCACCUACUGGGAACAGUACCCCCUUGGGUUCCAGCAAGGAGACCCGGAGGCAGGAGAAGGAGCGGCAGAAACAGGAAAAGGAGCAUGAGAAGGAGCGGCAGAAGCAAGAGAAAGAACGGGAGAAGCAGGAGAAGGAGCGGCAGAAGUGGGAAAAAGAGCAGGAAAAAGAACAUCAGAAGCAGGAGAAGGAGCGGCAGAAGCAGGAGAAGGAGCGGCAGAAGCAGGAGAAGAAGGCCCAAGGCCGGAAGCUCUCACUGCGUCGAAAGGCAGAUGGGCAUCCAGCCCACCAGGAUGGUGGGGACAAGUCCUCAGCAGCUGAGGCCCAGCAGGACGCUUACUUCUGACUUCUCUCCUGGGGCUAGACUGCAUGGCCCCCCUUUUCCCCUUAGCCAAGAGCAGGCCUGGACCUGGGGUGCUGUCCCCAGCCCCCAUAGUGGGCCGUCCUGUCUCAGGGGAAAGUGGCUUGAUUCCCUGUCUGCUCGCCAGCUGCUGCUCCUACGUGGUCAAGAGAGUUGCACUAUAUGGGCCAGCUACAUUUCCCAGGGGUGACCGCAAACAAGUCUGGAGCCCCUCACCUGCAAUUAGGCCCAGCUGGGGUCUCUCACUCCUGCCCCAACCGCCUCUGGGGUCCCCUCCCAGGUGCUGUCCUGGUUGGCCUCUUGUCACCAGUAGUGACUCUUGGCAAAGGGAGUCAGCAGUUUUCAGACUCUUACCCUCCGGUGGCACCCCUUAGCCGCGAGGUGGAGCUAGGUUCCUUUUUCCCUCCCUCAGUCCUGCCUGCCUGCCCCACUUCCUGGCUGGGGGCCAAGGCUUUCCUCACUCUACUUCUGGACAUCUAUGUGCUGUAAUCACGUACUGAGGGCCAAGCCGGCCUGGGUGGGGGCGCUUGCUCUGUCUUCUUUCCUUUGGUUUUCCUUCCACAAUGCUCUUGUACCUGUUUAUUUAAGGGACAUGCACUGGAACAGGAAAUGUCCCUUACUGCCCCACCCACCGCCCUCCUACGCUCCCUCCUCACCCACUUUCCUUUGUAUUCUCAGACCUUCCCUGCUUUUUCUCACCAGCACCCCCCCUCCCUUCACCCUGUUUCCUUCCAAUCCUCCAGCCCCUAUCUGAGUAAGGAGUCUUCCCUUGAGCUCCAGGGGGUGGGACCCAUGUUUACAUUCUCUUCUCCUGGCCCUGUCCCUGCCUUGUGAGGCGCUUUGAGGAACCGGAAAAGAACCUGCUGUUGUAGCUGGGCUUCUCUCCUGCCUUGUUAUUUGGAUGAGGGUCAAUGGGGUACAGACUCGGGAUGGGGAGAGCCAGGGCCUGGGUCUCUACUGAAGCAGUCUGCUGAUCCUGGCAGGUACCUCUUGGCUUUGGUCCAUCUCUCAGUUGCUCAUUAAUAAACAUUGGUUGAGCUCUUGCCCCAACCUUGCCUGGGA